AUGCAUUCGACUCUCAGGACUUCAUCGACGUCUACAUCCCGGACGGCCCUGAGACUGUUAUCUACCGUUGUGAGCAGCAGCCGUGCCCCAACCGGACGCCCCGAUCGAUCGCGGAAGAUUACCCGUGCUACAAGGCGAUCAGACGGGCACAACACCCACUCGGCCCUCGAAGCACCCUUGCAUCUUGAUCUGCCUCGAGGCACUCUCGCCCUGUCUCCCCUAGCUCCCGCCUCCCUCAAACUGUCGUCGCCGGCCCAAGUGAAGUAUGAGGAAAUCUCCCUCCAGACCCUGCGCCAGAGCCUGAGCCUGAGAAGGGUGCAGGUGAAGAAGGAGUCUCGGAGUCCGAGUCCGAGGAUUCUGCUGGGUCCACCUCGCCAACAGCGUUCGCCCCCACGUCAGCAGUCCCUGACCGGAGGGCCACCACAGCCGCCUCCGCCCCCGCAGCGUCCUCCGUCCCCCCCGACGCCGGUAAUGUCUUCCCCCACAGCCGCCCCCGACAAGGAGACCCUGAAGCUCCUUCUCCCACUCCGAUACGAUGGCAAGACCGUCAUCGAAUGCGACAGGUUCUUGUCGCAACUCCAUAUCUAUUGGUUAAUCAACACGUCGUUGACAACCAUCGAACUCAAGGUACAAGUUGCGCUGAGCCUGCUCGAUGGCGAUGCACGCGCCUGGGCCACGCCUUACUUUGCCCAACUCGCGUUGGUACAGAUGGGCGUACAAGGGGUCACGACCCCCUUCAGGAACGAAGCGGCCUUCACCGCUGCCUUUAAGGCCCGCUUCGGAAAUCUCGACGACGCAGCGGCAGCACAAGUAGAGCUGGCGAAGCUCUGCGCGGACAAGUCGGUCCGCAAAAAACGCACCGCUGUGGAGUUCUCCGCGCUGUUCAAGGGUCCGGCGGACCGUUCCGGGUAUGGGGACCUGGAGCUACGCAACAAGUACCUGAGUGGCAUCCCCUCCCGCGUAUAUCGCAAGAUCGAGCUCGAGACCUUCACCACGUGGCGAGCCGCUGAAAAGCAAGCCACUGAGGUCGAGCAGAUCCUCGACAUCAGCCGGGCCCGUCGGCCCGAGUUGAACAACUUCUUCUCGGCUCGAGGACGAGGGCGCGGAGGGGCACGUGGUGGUGCACCCUCGACGCAUGCAGCUUCGGCCAGCAUCAAUGCGGCCGACAAGCCUUACACAAAACGCGCCGACGCGUGGGCUACGGUUGCUUUGGGUUCCACCCAGGCGGCGACAAGCGCCCCCGUCGCUUCAUCCUCGGCGAGUACAAGCACCGCUUCAGCGAAAUCGGAAAGUUCCGAGCUGGCGGACUUAAUAGCACAGAUGAAGUCGAUGCGUGAGGAGCUCGAACAUUAUCGGGCGAUGAAGGAGGAGUCUUUUUGA